AAGGGAAACUGCACAGAAUUUUGUUUUACGAUGAGCCCCGAAUAAUGAACGUUCCCAGAACACUGCAGGGAUUAUUCUUAUUUAGUUAUUCAUUUAUUUAUUUACAGCCACGCGGUGGCGCUGUUGCUCGCCUUUCUGUUUCGCGAAGCAUUUUAUGCAAAUCAUUUGUAGCCUACGUCUGUGUACUAUAUUAACGCGAAUAUUAAUAACGAGCGUAUCACAUGAAUACAACCGACUGUUUAUGAGACAUUUGUUGUUUUAAUGAGCCAUAGACAGAAGAGAGCAGAGAUCUGCGCAUGUCUGAACCUCCAAGUCAACUCUUGUCCUUAAAAAUCAGUUUUAUUCGAAGAUAAAAGUGUUAUAACGUUUAUAAAUCACGAGCACACAACAACUGACAGCUGUCAUUAAAGGCUUUAACAGGACAGGCUUUACACACACACACACACACACACACACACACACACACACACACAGGCUGUAAUCACUCUAAUCUCUGAGUGCUGUGCUCUGUUCUGCUCUCUCAGUAUUUCUCGACACAUGAAGGCCUGGGUUUUAUGUCACACUACUUUCUCACUAUUAUUCAGGUUUUGUAAGACAGAAACUUUAUGGAUUCUACAUCCUUCAGAGGAUUACAGGACCUGAUGGAAACACAGCAGAGACAAACCCCGUGCUUGUCCAGCUGCCAUGGCUGCACUGAGGUCCUGUGCUGAGAUGCCCUGAGACAGAGAGUGACGCCCAUCAGAGUUGCAUGAUGGUCUAGCUCUGCCCACUCUCUGUCAGGAUGUUGGCCUCGGUGGUCUCCGGUAAUAACGGAGGGCGAGCGCUGACCCUGAAGGGCGUUGACCCAGAAACAUGUAUGAUCGUCUUCAAAAACCACUGGACACAGGUUCUGAGGAUCCUGGAGAAGCAUGAUCCGGUUCGCGCCAGUGCCGUUGCUCUCCGGUUUGGUCCGAUCCCCGGCGACGAGGCGAGUGCCGUGCAGAACUACGUGGAGCACAUGCUCUUCUUGCUGAUGGAGGAAGAGAGCGGCCAGGGUGGGGCCAUGGGGACCAUCCUGGAGUUCGUGGUGGUGGAGAACGUGAUGGAAAAGCUUUUCCUGUGGAGUCUGCGGCGCGAGUUCACCGACGACAUGAAGCUGGAGCAGCUGCGCAUGUACAAGAUGCUGGUGGCUCAAGCCAAACAACCGCUGCUACACCACAAACCCAUCCUCAAACCUCUGAUGAUGCUGCUGUCUGCUUGCUCCAACUCCUCCACCAUGGGGCCCUCAUCCUCCUGCACCAUGGGGGCCAAAAGUAGCAGCUCUGGUGCAGGGCUCACCUGCGCCAUGGGACCCAACAGCUCUGCGGUGGAGGUGGAGCUGGUGUCUCUGCUGCAUCAGCUGUGCCAUGCACUGGUCAAGGAAGCCUCUGUUCUGGAGCUGUUCUUCCACAGCAGUCAGGAUCAGGGAGCCGCCAACUUCCUGCUCUUUUCUCUGCUCAUCCCGUUCAUCCACCGUGAUGGGACGGUCGGUGCCCAGGCCAGAGACGCCCUCACCCUCAUCAUGAGUCUCUCUUCUCAGAACACCCUGGUGGCCAAACACAUCGUGGAGAACACAUACUUCUGCCCGGUGUUGGCCACGGGUCUCAGCGGUCUGUAUUCGGGUCUGCCGGCUAAACUGGAGGUUUACAGCGAGGGCUGGUUCUGUCUGGAGAGACACGACUUGCUGCAGCUUCCAGCGCUGUUACAGUUCCUCAACUCACUGCACUUCUGCAGCACUGUGUGCAAGGUGGCUCACUGCUCUAUCAGAGAUCAGCUCCUGGGCUACAUCUAUAAUGGUUUUCUCGUUCCUGUCAUGGCUCCUGCGCUUCAUAAGCUGACUCUGGAGGAAGUGAUGACGACGACGGCGUAUCUGGAGCUCUUCCUGCGCAGCAUCUCUGACUCCGCCCUCGUCCAGACCUUCCUCAUCUUCAUCCUCAGAUAUCGCCAUGACAACGUCAGCAUCCUGGACACGCUGGUCAGCAGGAUCAACACGCCGUUUCAGCUCGGUACAGUCUCUCUGGCUCUGUUCCGGACUCUGAUUGGUCUGUAUUGUGAAGAUGUCAUGCUGCAGUUAAUUCUCAGGUAUCUGCUCCCGUGUUCUCACCUGACGCACGCUGAGAGACUGCGGCUGCGAGAGAGAGACUGUUACUCCAUCACUGCAUCUGCGCUGCUCUCGCUCACACCCUCCUUCUUCAUUCCCAAACCCUGCUCUUCUCCACCGCAGACGCCCAAACCCGACUACAUCCUCUGGUCAAAGGUCACAGAGGGACUGCUGAGGGGCAACAUGGGAAUGGAGGAUCUGUUCUCAGGUGGAGAUACCAUCGGAUGCUCCCGAAUAAAUGCUUCUGAGCCGCUUAUGCACAAGAACUACCUUCAGUAUCUGUAUGAUGCGCGCAGAUCCGUCUGUACGACGGUCCAAGCGUGCGACGUGUGGUCGGCUCCGUACGACGGUCUCAAUCCGUCCCCGGACGAGUAUCAGGACGAGGAUGAGGACGAGCAUCUGCCUCGCUCUACUCCACCUCCCCAAACGCCGACUCCUCAUCCGCCUUCAGAAACCAGCUCCACCGGCGACCGCGAGCGAGUUGGGACGCUACUCGAGCUGGAAUGGGACGAUACAUACGACGCCGCGCCUGACAGGGAACCGACGCCCGACGUCCCGGACGAGCCCCCGAAACACAUUCAGGAAAUGCGUAAAAAUGCCAUCAUGCUGAUUAAAGGAUCUUAUAUAGAGGAGUCGGAAUUUCAGGACGACGUGUUGGUUUAUAAUCUGAUCGCGCAAAAAGACGCUUGCGACGACCGGCGGAUGUUCGUCAAAAACGGCUUGAAUAAACCAACCCACAAUCACUACAUAAACAACAAUCUGACGCACACUAAUCGCACACCAAACCAAAACCACACAGAACAUCCAGAAUCCGAACCGAUUGUGAACGGACGUGGUUUUGAGGAGCAGACACUGGAAUUAGAGGGCGAUGUUGCGCAUCUGGACCACAACUGUAAUGAGAGCAAAACGGCCGAAGCCACGGGAGACGACUUCAUCUCCCAGUGUCUGGAGCUGAUUCGGGAUCUGGGCGGAGAGGAAGACUCUGUCGUGGAGGAUGAAGAGCAGCUCCAGCGGCUGCAGGAUCUCCUGCAUGGGGACGAGGAGGAGGAGCUGGACUUUAACUGCUUCUGUGAGGAGUGUGAGGGUGAAGACGAUGCAGAUGAAGACCCGAAUAAAGCCGAGAGCAGGAAACAUGGGAUCUCGUUUACAGGGCCGUUCAUCAGCGUCCUGCUGUCCCGUCUGGAGAACAUGCUGGAGAACUCCAUUGAAGUCAACCUGCUGCUUACGGGGAUUUUGGCGCAGCUGGCCACAUAUCCACAACCGCUGCUGCGAGGAUUCAUUCUGAACACCAGACCUGCGUCUCAGACCGGCGCACGCUCACUCUAUCAGGUUCUGCUGUCGGUGGCUUGUCAGAUUGAACAAUAUGCAGCAUCCAAUCCAGAUUUUCCAGAGCUGGUGUGUGAAGCCGCCCAGUUCCUGCUGCUCAAAGAUCAGGCCUUAGAAGAGCAAGAGCGAGAUGUCCAAAACGCCGGCUUGUUCCUGAAUGGCCACGUCUCGGGUCGUCCACGGACACCUCUUCCUCCCUGUCCCAAAAUCCCGCCGCACCUGCGGAACAGAGUGUUCACUAUGUUUCUGUUCGCUGAGUUCCUGAAGGAGUUGGCGGCCAUCGCACAAGAGCACUCCAUAUUACCUGAGUGAACUGCAGAGGAGUAACACACCUCACACUCACGAAACGUGAGUUUCCCGUUCAGAUCACAGCUAUAAUCAAAUGCAGACAUCUCUGGACACUUUCUCAUUCAUUUCUUAUGGA